UUGAAGUUAAAUUUCAGUUGAAAUUCUGUUAACCUGAACUUAUGUGUAAACUCCUGUUUUAUGUCUUACCUCCCUAUACUUGUCCAAAUUUGUGAUGCCAUGCAUUUUUCCCCCUUACUCUGCUUUUUGCUUGGAGCAGCCAUCCACAUGCAUGUUAAACUCCUUAUUCUAAAUCUCUUUUACCAUAAAGUUUUAUAAAGUCAUUCGGCAUGUGUCCACUGAAUUUUUAAAUGUCUUUUUUUGUGUUCUGCAUUCAGACAACCCUCUGUCCAUCUAAAAACCUUAUAUAUUUGCCAAACUGCCAGUUCUCCUUGUAAUAUCUUUUUUGUACCUUGUGUGAAUGAACAACAGGAGGAAUAGGCCUUUAAAAAAUCUGUCAGCUGUGCUGUUAUCUUUGCUAGUUUAUGGAAAUUUGUGUUUCUGUCCCUGGGAGUUAAGGAAGGGAGUGACAAGCUGAAGGGAGUAUAUAGCUAUUGUUACUAAAAUCUGAAGCCUUCCACUGCUUUGAGUCUAACUUUCAUAAAUGUUCCCUUGGGAAAGAUUUCACAAAAAUUCCAGUCUGGGUCUUGUGGGAGUGCAAGAUCCCAUUUAAUGAGGAUUUGGUACUGCUUCAUGGUAUUGCACCCUGCUGUGGAGUCUCUGGACCUCCGAGACUGUGAUAUUUCAGAUAAUGCAUUAUUGCAGCUUUAUAACUGCAAGCAGCUGAAAAAAAUCAACUUAAAUUCUUGCAAGGAGAACAGAUUUGGAAUUACUUCGGAAGGAGUCAUAGCACUGGCCUUGUCCUGUCCUUACCUGCGUGAAGCAUCUUUCAAAAGGUGCUGUGAUAUAACUGACAGUGGAGUUCUGGCUCUUGCACUCAACUGCCAAUUCCUACAAAUAGUGAACUUGGGCAGCUGCUCAGGCAUCAUGGAUGCAUCUCUGCAGGCACUAGGAGAAAACUGCAAAUUUCUCCACAGUGUGGACUUCUCAUCUACUCAGGUAACAGAUGAUGGAGUUGUAGCACUAGUGAGUGGAACGUGUUCGAAGAAUUUAAAGGAGAUCCACAUGGAGCGCUGUGUGAAUCUGACAGACAUCGCUGUGGAAGCCGUCCUUACUUGUUGUCCCAAGAUACACAUUUUUCUGUUCCAUGGAUGCCCACUGAUAACAGAUCGUUCCCGAGAUGCUCUAGAACAACUCAUCAUAUCGAACAAAAUCAAGCAACUAACAUGGACUAUUUACUGAUUAUUUAUCCUGUACACGUGAGUGUCAAGUUUACAGGUGGGAGAGCUCUUUCAGCAAACAAGCACCUUGGAAAACUAGCUGGUGACUUUUGUGCCACCAGGUUGCAUCCCUCCUGCUUCCCACUGGAGGUCUCUGUUGCCAUUCCGGUCCUUGCCUGUGAGCCUUCCCCACUGGCUCUCCGUGGAGCUCUGUCUUUGCAUUGAUCAUCCUUCAUUAAGAGGAAAGUUAAACUGUAAUUAGUAUUAGAGGGCCCUUGCUCAGACGUCCCGAAGUGCUCGAUUUGGCUGCUACUUAGUACCCUCUAGCAAAGUAGCUACAUACACAAACCCAGUUUAGGUAAUUCUGUGUUCUGAGUUUCUAUUCUGGGGUGGUACUUGCAAUUAAAAGUACAGAGCCCAAAUGUAACAUUGACACACAGAAGUCUCUGUAAAGUUGGGAGUUUAGUCUAACAAGUAUCAGUAAACAGAACUGGUGAAUGGAGGUGGCUUUAACUGCAAUACAAAUGUACUUUCAGUAGUAACUAAGAAUCUCCUUCACCACCUACUUCUGAUAGGUCUGGAAUAAAAAAACAGGUACCUUUCUUCUGAUGUUACUGAUGCUGCAGAUUUCUGUUCUUACUUACCAUCAAAUACUUGCUGGAUUUUUACACCUCCAAAAGUACAGCCUGUGAAUGUGUAAACAUAAACUCGCUUUGGAAUUGUUGUGGUGACUUCACAAAUUUCAGAGUAGUAGCUGUGAUCAAGAAAAGGAUUUUGUAUAUGGGCAAAUAUUUCAUUUGCUCUGGCUUUUGCCUGUGUUUCUACAUGAAAAUUCUUUUAGGGAACAAAACACUGGUACUCAUAAGCAUAUCUGUGAGUGAAAUAGGACCAAAUGUAGUGUCUGAGCACAUAAAUUGCAGGAUGGUAGAGUAUGUGUUCUGCUGUAUGCAGUUCAUUAUACAUCCAGUGGCCCCAAAAGUUGAAAAUAUCAAUAAAUUUAUUGUUCAGUUAUAGUUAUAUAUAAAAAAAAUUGAAUUGUAGAUUGAGUUUAUUACAUUAUGGAGCUGUGUUCUCAUCACAAUUAUAAGUCAUGUUGCUUGGCUUUCUUCAACCAGCAUAACCUCUAGUGAGAAUUCUAUGAUUUCUGAAUUAAGCUCCUUAAUGCCAGCCAUUUUAGCUUUAUAAGGGCACGGAGCACAAUGGGUUCAUCCUCUGGAUCUGGAAGUAGAAGGGUUUAGCUACGGUGGUGUAACAUGGAUUUGAUGACAUCUGGAUGUCUAAAGAGUUUAGGCAACCAUAAGGAAUAUAUUUACUUCAUCAUUUAACUCUUGUCAUCGCCGCACCUAAGUGUUGCAGAAAUAAAUCAGUUUUAUAUUAAUCUA